ACACACUGAGUGUCUCACUUCCUCAAACUUUCUCAGUUCAUCCUACGGCGUGUGCUGCUGUUCGCCACUCAAAACCCCCUCGUCUGCUUGUCACCGUCUUUCCAGGCAGACACAUCGCGGGUUUGGUUUGGUUUUGGCCUCAUGGCGAGCCCGCGGGUCGGUCAGUGGAGGUCCAGUGCGCGUGUCCUGUCCACCUGUCUAUUUGUCGCGCUUCUCACCUGCACGCUCAGGUGUUCAGAAUGCGUCAAACUGAGCAACAUCAUCCUCAUUCUCACCGACGACCAGGAUGUGGAGAUGGGGGGAAUGACCCCCAUGAAAAAGACCAAAGAACUGAUCGGUGAUGCUGGUGUGACUUUCUCCAAUGCUUUCACUGCCACCCCUCUGUGCUGUCCCAGCCGCAGUAGCAUCCUCACCGGCAAAUACCCACACAAUCAUUUGGUCCGAAAUAACUCCAUCUCUGGCAACUGCAGCAGUGCGACAUGGCAGAAGGAGGCAGAGCCCUUCACCUUUCCAGUUUACCUCAAUAAGUUGCGAUACCAGACCUUCUAUGGGGGAAAAUACCUAAAUCAGUAUGGAAGUAAAGACGCAGGCGGUGUGGAUCAUGUGCCUCCUGGCUGGGACCAAUGGCACGCACUGGUGGGAAACUCUAAAUAUUACAAUUACACACUAUCUGUGAAUGGAAAAGAGGAAAAACAUGGAGACAACUAUGAGAAGGACUAUCUCACAGACCUGGUUUUAAACCAGUCGCUGCAUUUCCUGGAGGAGCGGAGCCCCAAUCACCCGUUCUUCAUGAUGUUGUCUCCGCCGUCUCCUCAUUCGCCGUGGACGGCCGCUCCUCAGUAUCAGCAGUCCUUCGGUGACGUCAAAGCACCACGAGACGGCAGCUUCAACAUGCCUGGAAAGGACAAACACUGGUUACUACGGCAGCCUACGAAUCCAAUGCCAAACAGCUCCAUUGAGUACCUUGAUAACGCUUACCGCAGGAGGUGGCAGACGCUUCUGUCAGUGGACGACAUGGUGGAGCAGCUGAUUAAGAAACUAGAUUCAAUAAAGGAGUUGAACAACACGUACAUCUUCUACACGUCUGAUCACGGCUAUCACACUGGCCAAUUCUCACUACCUAUUGACAAGAGACAACUGUACGAGUUUGAUAUCCGCAUCCCGCUCUUAGUUCGGGGUCCAGGAAUCAAAGCUAAGCAAACACUUCAGUCUCCAGUGCUGAAUAUAGAUCUUUCUAUGACUAUCCUGGACAUCGCAGGAGUAAAUCUCUCCACCGUCAACAUGGACGGACAGUCUUUCUUGGCACAGAUGGCACCAUCACUACGUAAUGGCACAGAACGGCCCUUCUUUCUGGUUGAGUACACCGGUGAGGGACAUUCCUCUACAGAUCCCAGCUGCCCCAAACUCGGCCCGGGACUAGCUGAAUGCUUUCCAGACUGCGUUUGCGAAGACGCUUUUAACAACACUUACGCCUGCGUCAGAACUCUAAAGGAUGCAAACCUGCAGUACUGCGAGUUUGCUGACAACGAGUCGUUCGUUGAGGUGUACAACCUGACGUCAGAUCCCCAUCAGCUGGAGAACAUCGUGAAGAAGGUCGACCCUACGCUUCUGCAGAUCAUGAACCAAAGGCUGAUCAAGCUGCAGUCCUGCACCGGCGACAGCUGUCGAAACAUCAAAUAAAACUGCGAGAGGGCGGGCCGGACCCCAGCCCUGCUCUGAAAGCCCAUCUCUAGCAGUGAACGCCAAGUUGGGUAAUGUGAUGACGCAUCAGGGUGUUCACUUGCACAAAUCUCUCUUGAAAUUCUUAAAGAGAGAGUUCACAUCCUGUCAGCAUUGACUCACUCUUAUGUUGUUCUUUUUAUCGUACAAUGAAAGUGGAUGCAAGAAAGAAAGUCAGGUUUGGAUGACAUUAGGGUGAGUAAAUGUUUACAGAAUUGCGAUGAGCAUGAACUCUGCCUUUAAUUCUGAUCUGGGAAGUCAUGCACACUUCCCUCCUUAAAAUGUGAAUGUGUCUACAGCGUGAUUCUAGUUCAUAUGCUGUCAUACAGCUACAUGAACAGUUUCUAAGGGCUUGAACCAGUUCAGCUGGAAGAUUACUUCUCGUCAGGCUUGCCUUACUUCCUACUGCAAUUGUUUUCAGCACUUUUAUGAUAAAUGAAUGCUUAAACCAAAUCUUGUCAUGUUUGUCUAAAUAUACAACCAACAAAACAUUCACCCAUGCAUUUUAAGAGUUGUUUUUUCUGUUUGACCUUUAUUUUUGAUUAUGCAUGGUGGUUUUAUUUUGAUUUCGUUAUACUGUGAAUUAAACCUAACAGCAAAUGCUGAUGUGUCUGUUCUGAAAAUCCUGUUCUGAUGUUGUUAUUUUAAAAUGAUAAAGGGAAAGGUCUGAUAUUUAAGGGAAUUUUGCCAACUUUGAUUUUAAUCUAAAAUAUGAUUGUGCCUUUUUUGCACUAAAGCAAAGUGUUUGUGCCUUUGUAUGAUACAAAUGUUUAAUUUUGAGUAAUCAAUAAAUUUAUGAAAAAAAGUA